AUGCAUAGUAGAGAGAAACUGUUGUUCCCACAGAGAAGAAGAACACCUUCUUUUUCGUCCAUUCUUCUUGACACCAUUGAUCAUUCCAUCGACGAAGAUGAAAACUUAAACCAGAAACCAUGUCUCUACAAAAAUGGCAUGGAAAAACAAAGGAUGAAUCUUCGUCAAGCGGUGAUGAUUGAAGAUUGGAUGGAGAAGAAUUAUACUUCAACUAGCUCUUCAGAAUGUAGCUCUGGUGGAAUCUUUUCAUCUUCAGAAACAGAUUCGUCUUACAAUAAACAAAGAUCUAAAACUCGUAAACAUAUGAACCUGAUUCACCAUAUCAACUCAGAGAAACAACAACAGCAACAACAACAACAGAACAAGAAGAAGAAGAAGAAGCAACAAGGUUGGGAAGAUGGUUUUACGAGAACGAAACUGAGAGCUUUGAAAAUUUACGGUGAGUUGAAUCAGAAAGUGAAACAACCCAUUUCACCUGGGAGUAAAAUAGCGACAUUUCUUAGCUCAAUUUUCAAUUCUCACAAUGUGAAGAAAGCGAAAAUGUGUUACGUUGGUGCUGCUGAAGAUGUUAGUUUCGAUCAUAAAUCAAAGUCGCCGUGUUUUUCUUCUUCGGUUUCGAGAAGGUCUUGCAUGAGUAAAACAGCACCUUCAAAAUCCAACAACGGUGUUAAAAGAACGGUUAGAUUCUACCCUGUUAGCGUAAUCCUAGGCGAAGAUUCUGAACAACAGCAACAAAAACCUAGUACUGUUCGAAAGAGUACGAGGAAUUCUGUUAAGGAGGUGAAGAAAAUUAACAAUGUUGUUGUCGGGGACAAAGAAAAAGGAGGUGAAAAGAAUGGAUUUGAUUUUAGAAGGCUUUGCGAUAAUGGUGAAGACGACGACGAUGACGAUGAUGAAGAUGAUAAUGAUGCUGUGAGUUAUUCGAGUUCCGAUUUGUUUGAGCUUGAUCAUCUUAUCGGAGAUGGAAGGUUUCGCGAAGAGCUUCCGGUUUAUGAAACUACCAAUUUAGAAACCAAUAAGGCCAUUGCUAAUGGUUUGUGUUUGUAG